AAUGUAAAUUUUCAAUUGAUGUCAAUUGUUAAUUCUUUAGUAAUAAUUGUAAUCUGACUGCUAUUUAUUUGCGUGUAUAUUAUAUCUUAUAAAAAUUAACAUUUUAUCAAAAUGCAACUACAAGAAGGGCUUGCAUCAAAAUAUAUAUAUAUCACAUGUGUAAUUACAGCUUAUUGGAUAGUAUCCAUUUCAACUGUAUUUGUGAAUAAGGCACUUCUAUCUAGUGAAACUAUGAAUUUGGAUGCUCCACUUUUCGUAACUUGGUUUCAAUGUAUAGUAAGCGUAAUUAUUUGCGCUACUUUACAUAAAUUAUCACAAUGUUUUCCAAAACAUAUAAAAAUUGCAAAUGGUAGUCCAUUUAACAUAGACACCUUCAAAAAGGUAUUGCCAUUGUCAAUCUUGUUUGCUGGAAUGAUAGCAACUAAUAACUUGUGUUUAAAAUAUGUUGAUGUUGCUUUUUAUUAUAUAGGUCGUUCAUUGACGACUAUAUUUAAUGUCGUGUUUACUUAUCUUUUACUCGGAGAAAAGACUUCUUUCAAAUGUAUAAUAUGCUGUGCAACGAUUAUCAGUGGAUUCUGGUUAGGGGUAGAUCAGGAGCAAGUGGCAGGUUCUCUGUCUGUUAUCGGAACGUUUUUCGGCAUAGCUGGAUCAUUACUGUUGGCCUUAUAUACCAUCCAUAUGAAAUGGACGCUUCCAGAUGUAGAUCAAGAUGUCUUCUUGCUUUCCUAUUGUAAUAAUAUGUACAGUAUUGUUAUUUUUAUCCCAUUAAUGUUAAUUAACGGUGAACAUAUCACUGUAUUUAAUUACGAAAAACUUUGGCACCCCUUUUUCUGGUGUGCUAUAACAAUUGGCGGUUUAUUCGGAUUUGCCAUUGGAUAUUUCACCACACUUCAAGUGAAAGCUACAUCGCCUUUGACGCAUAACAUUAGCGGUACUGCGAAAGCGUGUGCUCAAACAAUCUUAGCAACAUAUUGGUUUAACGAAUCGAAGACAUUCCUUUGGUGGAUGAGCAAUAUCAUCGUCCUUACUGCCAGCGCGUAUUAUGCGAGGAUUAGACAAUUGGAUCUUAGUAAACAGUACAAACUACAAACACAACAGCUUAAGGCAUUUCAUAUUCAAAUUCGGAUAAAUUGGAAGGGUUCAGAUUUUAAAAAUAUUCGCACAUGUACACGUUCCUUUCCAUUUUGUAAUAAUUAUGUAUAUGUGUGUGUACAUGAGCACGUACGUGCGCGCGCUCGCGGUAAGACAGUAUAAUUUAAAAGAUUAUAGAUAAAAUGUAUAUGUUUAAAAUA